ACUUUUUCUGAGGGAAGAAAGAUAAAGGUAGGUCAUUAAUAUCAAAACAUUAUGUGCCAUGGGGUUCAUGUGAGCAGAAUUGUGAAUUCUGUUAAAAUGGUUAAACAUUAUUUUUCUUCAUUCUUACAACUGGUAGUUAACCUCCUUGAACUCUAAAUGUCCGUUACAUUAUCGCUUAGCCUGGGGAUUGGGGUAACUCCAUUUCUAUGAACUAUUGAAACCCAAGAUAGCAUUGAUUUAUAAAUGAGAUAAGAUAUAUAUAAAUGCAGAAUUUAAACUUUUUUAACUAUUCUCGAUAUGUUGUUAAUCAUUCUGGACACUUUUCCCCAUAGCUCUGCAUGACAUUUAAGAUAUCUUUGAAAACCCACUCGUCUUGCUAUAAAUAAAAAUAUAUAUUUAUGUGGUUUUGAAAAAGCUUUUAAGUGAUGGACUCCCCUCUCAGUCUGGCAGGGUACUGACCGUCAGACUGAGCUGGCUGCUUGGUCAACAUGUACAUUCCCUGUGUGUCAUCGACAAAUGAGAACUAUUGAUAGAUAUGUCAAGCUCGAGUAAAACAGUCGUGGCAUCCUGCUGAUCGUAUUUAGAUAUUGAUUAUGUUCAUAUUCAGUAUUGCCCUGUGCUCUGGAGCAGGAAGUGCCUGAUUUACUUGGCAUAGCAGAGGGCCGAUGUGUGCAAGUCCCUGACCUGCUUUGUUUUCUCUUAAUGUGUCAGUCAGUUUUUUGGCAGGAUGUACAGCUUCAUGGGAGGUGGUUUGUUGUGCGGUGGAGUCGGGAACAUACUCCUCGUGGUCUCUACGGUAACCGACCACUGGAUGCAGUACCGCCACUCCACUAAUUACAUGCACCAGGGCCUGUGGCGGUACUGUGUGCCCGGCAAAUGUAUGACACACACGGACAGCAUCGCGUACUGGGAUGCCACUCGGGCCUUCAUGAUUCUUUCCCUGCUGGCUUGUUUCAUUGGCAUUGUGAUCGGCGCUAUGGCCUUCAUCCGCUCCUCCUCCUUUGACGGGGUUGACAAGACAUUUGCAGCCGGCAUCCUCUUCUUCCUCUCCUGUACGCUCCUCCAGUCAUCAUGGUCAUCUGCUGUGGGACAAUCUGCAUCCGUUAAAGCCAAUGGUUCUCUCUCCCGUGUAGGCUUCUUUGUGCUGCUGGCCAUGGCCGUCUACACAGGCGUGACAGUGAACUACUACGGUAAACGCUAUGGCAGCUGGCGGUUCUCCUGGUCCUAUAUAAUGGGCUGGGUGUCAGUGGUGCUCACAUUCUUCUCAGGUACGCAUCCUACCUCAUUUACCAAACAGACGUGCUUCAUGCUUAUGUUCAUUAAAUUAUUGUGUGCUAGGUAUCUUCUACAUGUGCGCCUACCGGAUGCACCAAUGCCCAAGAAACACCAACUCACGCUGACCUGCCAGAGCCAGAGGGGAACCAAAACACCUGUGAACUUUCCAACUACUUCCUGUUGACCUGAAUAUUCAUGAAGCAAAAUAAAUGAGAGAAAGUAGAAAGUA